AUGCAUCGUAUUGGUCGUAUAGAAGUUGUACUAAAAUCACCUAUAUCACAAUGUCCAUCUGAAUUAUUUAAUCAUCCUGAUAUAUAUCAUAAAUUUGUUCAUCAUAUCAUUCCAAAAUUAAUUCUUAAACGAAUGAAAAAUUCUGAUAAAGAAUUUGUUGAUGUAUCGAAAUAUUUGAUUGAGGUGUAUCGACCAUGUCAUAAUGAAUUAGCUAAAGAUUAUCGAACAGUUGAUAUGAUACUUGAUGCUCCAGCUAUCCAACUAUAUUUUAAUUGGAAACGAAGAUGA